AUGGUACUCAAAGUCUUUGCAGCAACGGUCAAUGCAGUGCUCCCAUCCAAAUACUAUGUACACGCGUUCAUUUCUAUCCUUGUCAUCGUAGUGGUUCGCGCAUUUGCACAAGGGCGCACGACAAACCGUGAACGGGAUAUGCAUGCCAGGGUAGUCCUCCUCACAGGAGGGUUCACUCCGUUAGGCCUAACGCUCAUGCAAAACCUUGCUCAGCGAGGUGCACAUAUCAUCGCACUCUCACCCAAGCCAAUUCAAGACCCUGAAAUAGAGAUUCUCAUAAACAUCUUGCGAUCGACCACCAAGAACGACCAAAUAUUCGCAGACGAAUGCGAUCUGACAUCCGCUUCUUCUGUCCGUUCCUUCUGCUCCCGCUUCCUCACAGCAAAAGAGACCAGACUGGACGCUAUCAUAUUUGCACACGAGUACAAACAGCUAGGUUCCAUGAUCGGUCGCCAGGAUCCUGUUAUACUAACUCAGGAGAGACAAAACGCCUCACUGGCAUCAUUCUUGAUUCUCACCCUUCUCCUUCCCAUACUCCUCGUCGCACCCACCGAACGCGACAUACGAAUCAUCAAUGUCGUCAAUCCUUUCUACGCCGCCGCCGCACCCACUUACUCCCCAACGUCCAAGCUACCUCCAUCAUCUCCACUUUUCCACCAAGAAGGCUGGCGCUCCCUUCAAACGGUCAUUUUCACCCGCCACCUCCAGCGUGUCCUCGACGCACUCCCGACAGGUGGGCAAAUACCCAAGACAGACGACUCCACCAUUCACGUCGUCAGCGACAAGUUGCAAAAGUCCAACAUCGUCGCCAUAUCCGUGUGUCCCGGGCUCUCUAGAUCAGAUACCAUCGCACCGCUAUUAAAUGCAGUUCGGGGACGGGAUCAAUCCACGUUCGGCAUCGUUCUGUAUAUGCUCCUUCAGCCCCUCCUCCGCCUUGUCUCAAAAUCCACGACGAAUGCUAUACAAUCCGUACUGCACGUUCUCUUUCUCCCAACGCCUUUCAAGAGCAAUGCUCGCCAAGGCACAGAUGCUCCAGAAGAAGUGCUCAAGGCAGGUGCACUCUAUCGCGAGUGCGCCGUCGUUAACCUGCGGAUACCGAGUCCUGCAACUGCAAAUACUGCUGAUGCGCAGGUGCCAGAUGAUGGGGAGUUGGGGGGCGUGCAUCUUGGUCAGGCAGUGUGGGAGGGCCUCGAGAGCGCACUGAAGGAGUGGGAGAAAGUGAAUCCGCAAGGCGAUGAGAAGGCUGGGUGCGAUGAUGGGCCAUCGGUUGAUACACCGAGUAGUUAG